AUCGCUUCCUAACCACCUUAAGUCAACCACCUAUAAACCUAUUCAUUAAUUUAUAUUUUAACCGUUAGAUGUCUCUAGCUGAAAAUCAUCUUCAACUUGGUCGAAAUCUACGUAAAGGUUUCUUUAAAAUUCUAGUGCAAUUGGGUUGUACCGGCCCGGAAGAACAAUUAUAAAGAACCCAAGUUGACAGUAUAUGAAAGGGAGGCGGGACGGGUUUGCCCUGUCUGUUCGGCUCAUGGCAGUUUAUUUAAUAAAACGAUGCAGGCCAAGCAACCAGUAUUAGAUGUCGGACAACAAAGUCGAGCCGGGCCCAGAGCUGAAAGGUGAGAAUCCUUUAGGGCGGGAACAAACUGUUCUGAGCUGGGUGAGACGGCCCGGGUCUCAAGCCGGGCCGGGUCGGUUCUACUCCAAGUCAGACCGGACGGGGACACAGGUAAACAGUGUAAACGCGCAGUCGCAACAGCAAACACAGGUUUGGGUUGAAUUCUGCAGUGUUUAAACAGAGUUUAAAGACAAACAAGUGAAUUGUUUUUAAAAAACUAGCAGUUAACCAAUAAAUGUGAGGUUUACAUCGUGAAUUUAAUAAUUUGCAGUGUUGACGUAUUUUUUGUGAAUCAAAUCCACGCUUGAAGUUAGCGUGAGACAUAUUUUUAAGUUUUUGAAAAUACCGGUCUGACAGGUUUCGAACAAGCAAUUUAUUGCAAAUGUAAAAAGUGCAUUUAAAACCAUGUGACACUGCGGAGUAGACAAGUGAUGCAAAAUGAGUGAUCAGACAAAUUUUCCUUAGAAUUUAAUUGAUAGAGAGAAGCUACAGAAUGCCUGCAAUUAUGAUGGCUGAUCCAGGAUUGGGGCGGGGUGGGUCCACCGAUCCCUACAGUCAGGAGUACAAUAGAGAGUACAUUCAAGAUCCUAGGUCACAAAUGGAGUACAGGAUGCAACAGGAGUACAGAGUACAACAAGAGUAUAGAUCUCAGCAAGAGUACAGACAAGAGUACAGAACUCAGAUGGAUUUCAGGCAAGAGUACAGGGGGCCAGCCCCUGGGCCUGAUGGACGGACUCAGGAGUACCGUGGACCCGGUGGACCACCUCAGGAGUACCGUGGACCCGGUGGACCCCCUGGACCACCCCAGGAGUACCGUGGGCCCGGAAACCAUCUUGGACCACCGCAGGACUAUCGUGGGCCCUUGAACCUCCCUGGACCAGCCCAGGACUACCUUGGGCCCGGGAAUCCCCAAGACCACGAGCAUGCUAGGAAAAUGGCAGAUCUGGAAACACUUCGGCACAUCAUUUCUCAGUGGAACGCAAAUAGACUUGAUCUUUUUGAACUUUCUCUUCCUAAUGAGGUAGGAAUCCGUUGUGCGCGUAUAAUUAUACUGGAUGCCGCGCACACUUAUGGUUAA